ACAGUCUCAUAUCUUUUACGAAUCAUCUUUGACUCUGUCUCUAAGUUUUCCUUUUCUGAUUUCUGUCUCUGAGUUUUAUUUUCCUGAUUUCUUCACUCCGACAAUGGAUACUGAAUCAUUCAGACUCGAUGUUAAUCUAGCCGUUACGUCUCAAGAUCCGUCGUUAGGGUUAUUAAGCACGGUGAAAAUCACUGUAAAGAGAGGGUACUUCGAGGAGUUUAUCAUAGAGAAGAACGAUGAUGAUCAUCAUGAUAGCAUCAAGAGUGUCGGAUCUUACCGGGAUUCUCCACCAGGUCCAGACUCAAAAUUCAUUCUGAAACUCCGAACAUUCGAGCCUAAGGACGUCUAUCGAACCCUCCAUAGCCAACUCCACGAUAAACUCUUGUCCGAAUACAUAGCUGAUGAGAUUGUUGUCCAAGCCCUACGACAAAGAAGCAAAAGUUCUAACUUGCCAUUGACACAACAACAACCUUUAUUCAUGAAAGGCACUGUCAAACUGACACAGAAGGUGUACAACGUUGUGCGUCGCAACUCUGCUCUGUCUCUGUCGGCAACAGAUUUGACGACUUGUGCCAUCUGUUUGGAAGAUCUGGAUCUGUCUAGAACCGAGGACUACUGCCACGUGCCUAACUGCUCCCAUUGUUAUCAUGAAGAAUGUCUCAAUAAGUGGGUAGAUCGAUCUAAUGGCACAUGCCCUCUCUGUCGCCAACUAUUUGACGAACCAGAGUCUAAUUAGGGUUUCAAAACUUGUUUUAUUAUCUUGUGGUAGUCUUAAUGAUUUGCUAAUUUGUGUUUUGUU